AUGAAGCUCCUUCACAGGCGCGCUGUAUCGGAUUCGUCGACGUUGGCGGGUCCGUCGGGUCCCGGAUCUCGUGGUCAGCUUCCUAUGCUGCAGUUCCCCGAUAAGAUGCGCUAUAAUUUGCUCUGCGUGAUGGGUGAAUUUGUCGGCACAUUUUUGUUCCUGUUUUUCUCUUUUGCAGGUACUCAGGUUUCUAAUACGCCGAUGCCUGCCCCUGGGUCGUAUCCAAAUACUUCCAAUCUGCUGUACUCGUCGCUGUGUUUCGGUUUCUCUUUGACCGUCAACGUCUGGGCCUUCUUCCGUGUUACCGGCGGUUUAUUUAACCCUGCGGUUACACUGGCUCUCUGUCUUACCGGUGGAAUGCCCCCACUGAGAGGACUGUUGGUCUUCCCAGCUCAGUUGGUUGCUGGCAUCGCAUCGGCCGGUGUGGUCAGCGCUCUUUUUCCCGGCCCGCUUAACUGCUCAACCAGGCUGGGUGGUGGUGCCUCUAUAUCGCAGGGUCUCUUCAUCGAAAUGUUUCUCACUGCCCAGCUGGUGAUUGUCAUCAUCAUGCUGGCUGUUGUCAAGCACAAGUCGACUUAUCUAGCUCCCGUGGGCAUUGGUCUGGCCUUUUUCGUGGCAGAGAUGAUUGGUGACUACUAUACCGGCGGAUCCCUCAAUCCCGCACGAUCCCUCGGCCCCGACGUGAUCAACCGAAGCUUCCCCGGAUACCAUUGGAUCUACUGGGUUGGACCUCUCCUGGGCUCCUUGCUGGCCUCCGGAUUCUAUCAUUUGCUCUGCUUGGUGCAGUGGCAGAACAUCAACCCUGGUCAGGACUUUAAUGAGUGGGAGGUGGCUAGGAAGGGCUCGACGGCUAAAUCGGAAAACACAAUGAUGGAUCAGGUGCACACCCAAGAUGAUUCGCCUGCGACCCAAGAAGUUCCUCCCCACCAGCAGGUCUAG